UGUGUUCCUGCCCGCGAGAAAGCCUCCCGCCAAGGUGCUGUCCCGAUCAAAGUCCCUCGAUCAACCGUCGCCAAUGAUCAGUGUGGAGGAAGAUGGUGCAAUUGGCGAGUCAAGCGAUCAGACAAAACAGCCUGAAAGUAGUCGAAAGUCGAGCAGUGCCAGCAGCUCCAAAGCGGGUUCCUCCUCUUCGUCCGGCACUGGGUCAUCGUCGAGGAAAAAGACCGAUCCGAAAAAGGAGGUGGUUCAGGAAAAGCGCAAAAGAAACAGUAUUUUCACGCUCUUUCCCAGCGUGCAGUGGAAACCGACGGUGGAGGAGAACAUUUCCGUGCCGGUACAGUACUGCGAUUGGAUGGAACCGUUUAGUUGUGAGGGGAAGUUCACCGCACGCUACGAUCUGCUGCCGAUGGAGUUGAUCCUGAAGAUCUUCAAGCAGCUGAACUAUAGCGAUCGGCUAGCGGCCAGCGAGGCCUGCCGGCGGUGGUUCGAGGCGGCUCACUACUACGAACCGUUCCAGCGCCAGAUGUACUUCAACUUCGAUCGGAUCGAGUUCAACGAUGAGGAGGGGCCGAUUAAGUACUUUUCGCAGCCGAUGCGAACGUACCCGUACUUGUCCUUCACGUUCGUGGAGUUUACCAAGCAUAGUGACUUUUGGCUGAACAACGGGAUGUACAUACGGGAGCUAACGCUGCGCUGUUGUUUGAUACGGAAGAAGAAGUUUAUCACGAUCAUGAAGAACCUGCCCGUGCUCGAGCGGCUCGAGCUGAUGCAGUGCGACGAGCUGUUCAAGCACUGGACGCUGGACUACAGCACGGACGAGCCGAUGUUCCCGUUUACGCUGCCCCACCUGAAGCAUCUUUCGCUGGCAGCGUGUGACUACUACAACGAGUAUCACUUUGAGCGGUUCAUUGAGGCGGCGCCGGCACUGGAAUCGAUCGAUGUGUCUAACUGCUUCAUCAACCUGUAUCUCUCCCGGCGCAUGACGAUGAUAUCGCGCGUCAUGCGCUUGGUGAGCAAAAAUCGGAACAUUAUGAAGGCACUCAACAUCAGUGACAUUCCGUGCUUUGAUGAUGUCGCCUGGCAUCUGCUGGCGGAGAUGAGUGGCCUCUACCUGACGCACUUUACCGUCACGUACACCGAUCGUAUACCGCUGAAGGAUCCGGGGAUAUUGAAGUUCUUCAGCGUACAGACGCGGCUCACGCAUCUCGAUCUAACCUCGUCGAUCGGGGUGAACGAUAUCUGUCUGCAGCUGAUCGUGGAAAGCUGUCCACUGUUGGAGGUGUUGAAGCUGCGGCGCUGUUGGUUGCUGUCGGAUGAAGGGGUGCAGGAUUUGCACACGCUGAAGCAUCUGCGCGUGCUGGACGUGUCGAGCUGUGAGCGUAUCUCGGACUAUGGGAUGCGCGUAGGGAUUAUUGGGAAGCGAGCGCGCCAGGUGGAUGAGGCGUACUUCUCGCUGCUGUGCACGCUGAGCGACUACACGAUGUACUAUCUGGUGCUGAUGUUCAAGAACCUGCAGGUGCUCGAUCUGGAUAGUAAUGCGACGAUUACCGAUACAUCGCUACAGUAUCUGUGCUGCUACUCGCAGGAUCUACGCAAUCUUAACCUUCAAUCCUGUGCAAAGCUGACGGAUGCGGGCUUUACCGGGAUCGAUCUGCCGGAGAAAACGUUCUCGAUCUGGGACGUGGAGGAAACGUUCGCGAUCGAUCGGUUGAAGAAGCUGCGCGUGCUGAAGGUGUCCGGGUGUUAUCGUAUGACGGAUUUCGCGCUGCGCUACGGCUUCCGAUUUAACGAGCUGAAGGAGCUUAGCUUAUCCCGGUGUCAUCAGAUUUCAGAAGCUGGCGUUGAACGAUUAGUAUCAACCUGUCCGACGUUAGAGUAUCUCGACCUCAGCGAGUGUCCCAACAUCAACGACAACUGUGUGAAAAUGAUCGCGAUUCAGCUGAAGCGUAUCAGCACCCUUAAGUUGGCCAACUGCCCGCUGCUGACGGAGAUAUGUCUACACUAUUUGGUGACGUUCUGCAAAAACUUGAAGUAUCUGUACGUAAGAGGAUGCUUUAAGCUGCCACCGGACAUUGCGGAACGUCUUUCGAAGAUACCCACCUUGAGACAGGUGUAUAAGUCGUAGGGCGAUCAUUUUAAGAACAUAUUUAAUCUCUUAUAAAAUAAUGACCAAACAUAUUUUAACCCAAUAAAAUAGCUUUAAAAGAUGGUGAUCGUGAACUCAAAAUAAUUCGGAAAAAAUAGUGCUAUUUGUACAUUAUUGUGAGUUAAUAAAGCAUAAAGUACAUGAAGAAGAA